AGUCCAAAAUACAAAGUGGUAAAAUGAGUCUUCUCAAAGAGCGAAAGCCAAAAAAGCCACAUUACAUCCCACGGCCUCCAGGAAAGCCCUUCAAGUACAAAUGUUUCCAGUGUCCCUUUACAUGCAACGAGAAGUCACACCUCUUCAACCACAUGAAGUACGGUCUCUGCAAAAACUCCAUCACGCUAGUGUCAGAGCAAGACCGAGUUCCCAAGUGCCCUAAAUCAAGCUCAACCGACCCUAAACAAACCAGCCAGCCAGGCCCCACAGCUCAGCUGGCCUCCAGGGCUGGUGCAAACGGACGCUCCAACUUUGACUCAAAGCCUCAACAUGGCAUGGCCAAGGAAGACGUCAAGGAGAACCUGGAGCUGCAGACUCGGGGGGCCCACAAGGGCCCAGGACAGAAGCCCACACUCCACAAGGAAACGGCGCCCACAAGUCCAGCUCCAGAAGCCGCCCACAGUGCCCAGCCUGCUCUGGAAGGCGUGGUUCGCCCAUCAGCAUUUAUCCCGGUCGGAGAGCACAGACUUAAGGGGCCAGAAAGUGCAGAGGCAACUGAGCUACUGGCACUGACCAACUCCACUGCCAAGGCCACCUCCUUUCACACUGAGUCUGCGUUCCAUCCUCCUGGCUACCCCUGGAAAGCCGGCUCCCCUUUCCUCCCUCCAGAGUUUCCACCUAAAAUCUCAUCAACAAAGGGGUUUGGGGCCCUUUCCCCUUAUGUGCACCCCACAAUCCCAGAGUAUCCACCUCACUUUUACACUGAGCAUGGGCUGGCCACCAUCUACUCACCCUACCUGCUGGCUACUAGCUCGCCCGAGUGUGACACACCCCUGCUGUCGCUCUAUAGCGCACAGGACCAAAGACACUUCCUACCUGCCCCGGGCCCACCCCCUAAGCACCUGAACCCACCUCUGUCCACGUAUGACCACUACAGAUUUCUCCAGCAGUAUCACUCCAGCCUUCCAAUUCCUUAUGGACUAUAUAGGCCAGAGUCUGCCUUCUCCUCUUAUGGUCUCAGACUCCCACCCACCACUGGCCUCACCCGAGACCAAAGCUCCCACUCACUUGAUGAAGCCCCCCCGGUCUACCUAGCCUCAAGUCCUUCCAAGUUAAACCCUUUGAACUCCCACAAAAAACACACAGAACUUGAAAAAGAAAGUCUAAUCUCUGAGACAAAAGACCCUCCCAAAGCUGGGCAGAAGGACACAGAGGGGGCCAAGAUGAGCCCCCGUGCAGGGAGCGCAGCCACAGGCUCCCCAGGCAGGCCGAGUCCCACCAACUUCACACAGACACAUCAAGUGUGCGAGGGCCUGUGCGACCUCUCCAACAGGGCAGCCCCAAGCACCCUGGAGAGACUCUGCCAGCCUGAACAAAGCCCCACUGCCUUCAAGCCCAUCAAGAAGAGCACAGAAGACCCACAUGGUGCCCAGGCUCCCACAAGAAGAGCCAGGUCUCCAAAAAGCCUCUGCGCUAUGGAUGGAGACACUCUCAAGCAAACAGGUAGUGCCUCUCUCCUUGCCGAGGUCUCACCUUCCAGUCCAGAGGACAGCUCCAGGAUGGGCCCCCUCAACCUCUCCAAGAAGCCAGAGACAAAACUGGUAGCCGCUAAAGGACCAGUGUACCAAGGCAGCUCCCCAGUGGCACCCACAGGCUUCGCAGAGCUGCAGGACCUGCCUCUCAACCUGUCAGUGAGGGACCCCUGCAACGCCCCAGCCGCAAGGCCUGCUGUCCCCACGCAACCACCAGGUGCAGACCUGGCUGCUGCUGCUCAAGAAACCGAAACAGAAACUUCUGGAGAUGGAAGCCACACUGAGACAAAGCAAGGCACUCUGGGUGCUAAUGAGGCCCUAUCAACCAGCUCUACACACCAGGCCCCAGACACACCCACAGCAGACAGCAUCGAGGAGCAGAAGCAAACAGCAGCUGUGGCCCUAUGCCAGCUAGCAGCCUACAGCCCAGGGAAUGGCCAGGUGGGCGAUGGGGAGCCCACAGGCCAGGAGGCUGCCAGCCUGCAAGACACAUCCACUCUCAGCUCCACAGAAGGCCAGGAGGCUCCGUGUGACCUCAGACCCAAAGGACAAAAGAGGACAAGUCAGAGGGACACAGGAAGAUCCCAGCAAGGACCUAAGAAAGUGAAGCCAAGUGACACUGCGCGAGUGCUCACGCUGCGGAAGAGAGCCCGGUUGUCCUGAGCAC